AUGCCUGCCCUGUUUGCCUGUACUCCCACCUGCAACAUCAACAGCGUCCCAACCAGUGAGCUGCACUACAUCGCCAGCGAGGCGGACAGACUGGUCAGGAGCUCCAACACUGUUGUGGUUCUUGGCAUCUGGUCUCACUUCAGCACUUUUCCCAUUGCGGUGUACAUGCAGCGACUGAAGAGCACCUGCAGGGCGGUGCUGCGGCUGCUGGACAGAGCUCCCAACACGCUGGUGGUCAUCAGGACAGGAAAUCUGAGGACCAUGACGUUUAUGUUUGCAAUGACCAACAGCGACUGGAAACCUCAGGGCCUUGAUGGUUUCCGAGACGAUGACCAACAGCAAUUGGUCCUUGUUAUAGCAGGACACGGUGCUCUGAGCCAUGUUCAGAGGGCUGAACGUUCACCUGUCUUGGUGCUCACUGCGUUGGUGGUGAACCUGGACGUGGCUGUGGCUGCUGCCCCCACUGCGAUCCCCGGCAAAUUUCAAAUACAAACUCAGAUCAAAAACUCUGACGUGAAAUAUUUGAGGGAAGGGAAGUCCUUUUUUUUCUGGAGGUCAUCUGAGGUUUCAGAUCAACACAAGCUUAGCGUGAACUGGUGUGAGAUGGAGAUUAGAGCUGGCAAGUGGAGGAAAUUCAGCGCAUGCCGUCUCAAGUACACUGCCAUCUUCCUCUUCCUGGUUGUGUCCGCUGUGUUCUUCCUGCAACGUAACAUCAAUGUGCUGAAGUUUCAGAAUAAAACCACCCCCACCACUCCUGUCCCAAACCACCAACACAUCAACUGCAGCCACCAGCAGCUGUCGCCUGAGGAACGCCGCCUGCUGGACUCCAUCGCUUGGCCUGAAACCCCUCGCCUCCCUGUGCCCAUAUCCCUGAACAUGACCUCUGACCCCGCCCACAGCACCUUCACAAUCCUGCCGGUGAGGGCAGGAGGUCAGUGGCAUGUAGGCGAUGAGCUAGAGGCUCUGAUUCAAAUUGGUGACUUCCAGGGUCGUCCAAAACAGUUCGGGGGAGAUUUCCUGGUUGCUCGCCUGCAUGACCCGGAGCUCCUUGCAGGUGUCGCCGGGCGAGUGGUGGACCACCUGAACGGCUCCUACACCGCUGUGUUUCCAUUACUCUGGGAGGGACGAGCACAAGUUGAGGUGAUACUGGUUCACUCCAGUGAGGCCAUCACGGUGCUGCACAGGCUGAACAGGGAACACCCGGGUCGAAUGGCAUUCAACAGCCUCUUCCGCUCCGGCUCUGUUUCUGAAACUACAGUUUGUAAUGUCUGCCUGCCUCCUGACCAGCCACUGUGCAACUACACCGACCUCCACACGGGGGAGCCAUGGUUCUGCUACAAGCCAAGAAAUCUGGGCUGUGAUACCAGGAUCAACCACUUCAGAGAAGAUGUCAAGAGAGUCCUCAUGGCCAAGGAGGAGAUCCUCUUUCUAAGAGGGGUCAACAUGAAAGUCUUCAUUUGUGCAUCAGGGUCUAACAUCGCUGUGCUGCCAAAGGAGCAAGGACAACCAGAGGUGAAGAGCAGCACCGUGAAGCCUGAACCUGCUGGAUAUUACUACCAGGGUGCAUGGCAAGCACUAGGAGGCGCCACCAUUCGCCAGUUCAACAACGCCUCCGCUAUCAGCCAGUGUCUGACAGACAAGGUGGUGCACAUGUACGGCGACUCCACCAUCAGACAGUGGUUUGAACACCUCAGCAGAGUUCUGCCAGACCUCAAGGGGUUUAACCUGCACAGCACAAAGCAAUGUGGACCGUUCAUCGCUGUGGACAUAGCACGAAAUAUUAUGGUGAAGUUUCACUGCCACGCCCCUCCAAUCCGCUCCACCAUCUCAUCCUUCGAUCUACGCUACAUCGCCAAUGAGCUGGACAGGCUGGUUGGAGGCUCCAACACUGUCGUGGUUUUCACCAUCUGGGCUCACUUUGGCACUUAUCCCGUCGAGGUGUACAUACGGCGACUUCAGAGCAUCCGCAGGGCGGUGCUGCGGCUGCUGGACAGAGCUCCUGACACGCUGGUGGUCAUCCGGACAGGAAACCCCAAGGCCUUGAAUCUUGACGUGGCGCUAAUCAACAGCGACUGGUACUCCCUGCAGCGGGACAAGGUGCUCCGGGCCAUGUUCAAAGGGCUAAACGUUCGCCUGGUGGACGCCUGGGAUAUGGUCCUGGCCCACCAUUUGCCCCAUGACCUUCACCCACCGCCCCCCAUUAUCAAGAACAUGAUAGACGUCCUCUUGUCCUACAUAUGCCCACCAAAAAAAUGACUUGUUG